ACUCCAUCCCCCAGAGUUCGCCGCGGCGGCUGGGCGCAUGCGCGGUGCGGGUGUUUGCGCUGCGCGGGUGGUGACGCUGUCGGGUGGAAGUAUCCGGCCUUUCCGGGAGGAGAGGAUCCCCGACAGCGGGGUGACAGCAGCAGCAGGCCGCGGGGAGAGCGCCUGGCAGAGGGGUGGCUCACCCUGCGCUCAGGGCCAGGCGGUUGAGGGGGCCAGUCCUGGGAGUGCCCAUAGGGGUGUCAGAGGCCUGGGUCAGCUCCAUAGCAGUUAUCUGGUAAUUGCCCCCCAGUCUUGUUGCCCCAGGUACUGUGCAGGGGCAUAGGGGGUGACUCAUUGGGGUGAGGGGCCAGUCUGUUAUCUGGUAAUUGCCCCAGGUAGUGUGCAGGGGCAUAGGGGGUGACUUAUUGGGGUGAGGGGCCAGUCUGUUAUCUGGUAAUUGCCCCUCUGUCUUGUUGCCCCAGGUAGUGUGCUGGGGCUUAGGGGUGAGUGGGCCAGUUUCGGAGUGUCCAUAGGGGUGUCAGUGGCCAGGGUCAGUACCGGGGGGUCUACUAUCUGUUAUCUGGUAAUUGCCCCUCAGUCUUCUUGUUGCCCCAGGUACUGCUCAGGAGCAUAGGGGUGGCGUAUCUCUUAGCUACCAGCCACCAUGCUGCGCUCCCUCCCUGCCAGUCGCCUGCUGGGGGCGCUCUCGGGCAGUAGCGUGCUGGUGAAGUGCCUCUGGGGGGCGGUAGUGUUUCUUUACCUGCUAUCCUUCUGGGCUGACACGGCGCAUGUCUUGGCCAUCACCCCAGGCCUGCUCCUUCCCCCUAACCUGUGGCUGUGGAGCCUGGUCACGCACGGACUGGUAGAGCUGCACGCAUGGGACGUUCUGGCCAAUCUCCUCCUGACGCUGGGGGCAGGCCGCAGGCUGGAGCCACUGUGGGGUGCCCCUGAGCUGCUGCUGUUCUACGGCGUGGUCAGCCUGUCGGUGGGCAUCCUCAGCUCCCUGUGUUUCCUGGUGGCCUACGCAGCAACGUCUGACCUCCAUUUCCUGUUCUCCGCCCGUGUCCACGGAUUCCCGGCCUUCGCCGGCGCUGUUUUGGUGGCGCACAAACAGACAGCCGGAGAUGGAUUAGUAGAGCCCCAGCGCUGGGUGCUGCUUCUACCCCAGCUGACGCUGCUGGGAGUCACGUUCCUGACCGUGGCUGGUUUGGUCCCAAGCCAGAUAUUGGUGGGCUACGGCCUUGGAUUGCUGUCGGGCUGGGUGUAUCUGCGCUUCUACCAGAGACACAGCAGAGGGAGAGGAGACAUGUCUGACCACUUCUCCUUUGCAAGUUUCCUACCGGGCCCAGUCCAGCCCGCUGCCAACCUCCUGGGAAACCUGGUGCACGCUGCCUUGGUCAAGGUGCGACUCUGUCCACGUGCGGUGAAGAGGUACGACGUGGGAGCUCCUUCCUCCAUCACCAUCAGCUUGCCUGGGACUGAUCCCCAAGACGCAGAAAGGCGCAGGCAGCUGGCGCUGAAAGCUCUCAACGAACGUUUGAAGCGCGUAGAAGACCAGACAUCAUGGCCGAGUAUGGAGGAGGAGGAGGAAGAAGAAGAAGAAGAGGAGGGUGCCACUCGGGAGAACUCCCUACUAAGCAACCCAGAUACUCCAGUAGCUUCGGAGACUAGUGUGACAACACCUAUGGUGUAACCAGCCACAUGCACUGUCCUACUAUUGGUCAUCCUUGUCCGUGGUGCGGGUCGUGCUGGAUCUGGGGAAGCAGUAACCUGUACACACUACAGAGAUCUACCCCAUGGGGGUUCUGUCACUUCCUGUUGGUAUUAAGCUGAUUGCACGACGGAUCCGUGCUGGAAGGGGCUACCGUCACCAGGCGUCCCGUGCCAAGUGUUCCGCUCCUCCACUGUUGCAGCAAGUGUUUGCUCCGCUCCUGCUACACUUCACUUUAGCCAAGCUUGUUUCACACUACCCACAGACGGCACACUCUGUGCUCCAUACCCACUCCACUCUGCCCCCUUAUCUCACUGGCUGGCGCUCUUCCGUCUGCAAUACUUGGACCAUGGCGAGUGGCACCAUCCGUCACCUUUGCAGUACUGUACAGGACGGAGCAGUAACAUUGUGUGGGAUGUCCCAUCGUUAAGAGACCCACCUCCCACAUCUCUGUGUGCCUGAUGGGACAUCAUUGGGGGGAAAGCAGGUUCUCCCCUGUGACUCUGCAUGACGGGUGGGGGUGUAAAUGGAGCUUGGGGAGAGAACAAUCUGCUUUUUUUAUUUUUCAAUCUUCUCUUAGAGGGUAUACAUUUUGUGGCCCAGGGGUUGUAAAUGUUGAUAUUUUUUUCUGUCUGGAUUAAAUCUUUUUGGAAAGGA